AUGUCGGGCGCGCGGGGCGGUGGGCGCGUGGCCCCUCCCCUCGACGGGCGCGCGGCAGCCGCAGCGGCGGCGGCAGGGAGGGGAGGAGGAGGCGAGGAGGCGGCGCCUGUGUCGGCGCUGGAGGUUGUGUCCUUCCUGGGGAAGCUGCUGUGCGCAGUCGCGGUGCUGAAGGCGGCUCUGUACCUGCUCCGCCGAGUGUGUCUAGCGAUGGCCUGGAAAUCGGGAGGCGCCAGCCACUCCGAGCUCAUCCACAACCUCCGCAAAAAUGGAAUAAUCAAAUCAGACAAGGUAUUUGAAGUAAUGCUGGCUACAGACCGUUGCCACUAUGCAAAAUACAACCCUUAUAUGGAUUCUCCACAGUCUAUAGGUUUCCAAGCAACAAUCAGUGCUCCACAUAUGCAUGCAUAUGCUCUUGAACUUCUGUCUGAUCAGUUACAUGAAGGAGCCAAAGCACUUGAUGUAGGAUCUGGAAGUGGAAUCCUUACAGCGUGUUUUUCGCGAAUGGUUGGUCCCAAAGGACAAGUUGUAGGAAUUGAUCAUAUCAAAGAACUAGUAGAUGACUCAAUAAAUAAUGUCAAAAAAGAUGAUCCCACAUUGCUGUCUUCAGGAAGAGUGAAACUGAUUGUGGGAGAUGGAAGAAUGGGAUAUGCAGAAGAAGCUCCCUAUGAUGCCAUUCAUGUAGGAGCAGCAGCACCAGUUGUGCCCCAAGCACUUAUAGAUCAGUUAAAACCUGGCGGAAGAUUGAUAUUACCAGUUGGCCCUGCAGGGGGAAACCAGAUGCUUGAACAAUAUGACAAACUAGAAGAUGGCAGUGUCAAAAUGAAGCCUCUGAUGGGAGUGAUAUAUGUGCCUUUAACAGAUAAAGAGAAGCAAUGGUCCAGGUGGAAGUGAUUUUCUGUUCCACUUACUUCUUCCACACACAC